GCACAAAACUAGUGUGCGCAGUUCUUGAUGAUUUAUCCCUCGUGUGUCCUCUGACCCGAGGUCUCAGAUCUUCUUUAAGGAUGAUGAUCUCUCACCUCUCUCAACACACUGAUGCUGCCACAAUAGAUGAGCUUACAUCAGUGACAUAAUAAAACCCAACAGAGGACGACUGUUAAAGCAGAGGAGGAUUGAAUUACUCCACCCAUCUGACCUUUGUCAAAGAAACGGAUCAAACACUUUGACGCAUAAUGGACACGAUGGGGUGUGGCAUGCAGUGUUUUCUACACGUAAUCCGUGACGUUCAUUCAGUUGAGCCGGUUUGUCAGGUUGAGGGCGUGACCGCAGCCGCGCGUGCUAGUGACGGGGCUCGUGCUACCGCUUCAUGAAUAUUAAUGACGUAACGAGGCGUUGUUCUUCUAAACCUCUAACUGAUUGGCCAAAGGCAGACUUUGACAAGCAGUUUCGCCUGCAGUGAAGAGUGACACGGACACGGAGAAGAAUCUGUUCAAUCUCUUCAUGGAAUAAAAGGUGCAGUGUGUAGCCAUGGCUGCAUGGGUGGAGGCGUCCACGAGGGAUCAGAGUCCGUCAGCGGCGCUCAUUAGCCAAAGCAAGACUUCCCUUUCUGCCUCGCUGCUGUCUGGAGACGGCGGGAAGCCAGCGCUGGGCCCCAAACCCCACCUCAUGCCCAAACCGUUUGCCCUCCAAAGGAACGCGACUAUCCGUCCGAUCAAGGCCCCGAAAAUCAGCUCUGCUAGACAACUCCCGCGAGCCGCGUCUUCUGAUGCUCUCGACUCGUUCGUUUCCAGUAAGUCCGAAUUAGUAGAGACUCGUGUCCAAAAUACCUCAGAAUCUGUCAAACCAAAUGGCACAUUGAACGUGUCUGACAGAAGUGCAUCACCUAAACCCGCCCCACUCGGACCAAAACCAGCUUUAACACCAAAGACAGACCCCGGUCAGAAUCCUGACAUAGCACAGAAGGCUCCAAACACAAAGCCUGAAGACGGGAAGAACGUUCAGUCCAGGGCAAGAGCCAAAUCUUUGGGUUCUCAAGAGCAGAAAGCUCUCAGACAGACGCCAGAUGGAGAAAACAGAUCUGGUGACGCAGAUGUCAGAGCGUCUUCACCGUGCUGGGCAGUUAGAAACCGUCUGUCUGUGGGGCUGACCUCAAGGUUUGAGUCACCGGAGAGAGAGGUUGGUUCUGUGAGGAGAGAUGAGCCGCCGCUUUCUCCUUCAGCAUCAAAACCUCAGGAGGACGAGGAGAUCAGUGGCUGCAGCAUUAAGAGACGGAUAAGUCUGCUUUUCGACCGUUCUGCUGCCUCUCAACACAGAGACACGUUCAACAAGAAAGACAGCGCACCUGCUGAAAUAUCUGUGGAUAUUAAACAGAGAAUCAAGAAUCUCAGCUUGAAUACACAACAGCCCAGAGUUCGGCUGCCGUCCACCGGAGCUCUCAAAUGUCUACCACAUGAGAAGACACAGAGCGACUCGGCCCAGUCGUCUCCUUUACAGAACGGGCCGGCCAAAACCACCACGUCUGAGAAGAACGUGCCGCGGAAGAACUCCACCUUGUGCUCUGCAGAUGAAGAGGAGGAGGAGGAUGAUGACGACGACGCAGCUGAAGAGGACAAAGAGAACUGCGUGUCUGUGCCUAUGUACAGGAGGGUCGGGAUGGCCAAAGAUCAAGAGAGAAAGACACAGGAAGAAGAAAAACAGCAUAAGGAUGAACAGUUAAAGAAAGAGCGGGAAAGAGAAAAACAUUUGGAGGAAGAGAGGAAGUUAAGAGAGGAAAUGGAAAGACGGCAAGAGGAAGAACGCUUGAAAGAGGAUAGAGAACAGGAGGAAGAAAAGCAAAGACAAAGAGAAGAACAGAAGAAGCAAGAGGUCGAAAGACAGAAGAGAAUUGAAGAAGAAAGAAAACUAGAGGAGGAGAGAAAGAGAGAGGCUGAAAGAGAGAUACGACAAGAACAAGAGAGACUAGAGCGAGAAAAACAGAUUGACGAGCAGAAGAGAAGGAUUGAAGAAAAUAGAGAAAAAGAGAGACAGAGAGAAGAGCAAAGACUGAGAGAUGAGAGAGAAAAAGAGAAACUCAGGAAAGUGAAAGAAAUGGAAGAUGAGAGACAGAGAAUUGAAGAGGAAAGACAAAGAGAGGAGCAAAGAUUGAGACAGGAGAGAGAAAAACAGGAGAGGAUAAAGAAAGAGAGAGAAAUGGAAGAGAAAAGAUGGAUUGAAGAGAAGGAAAGAUUGAGACAGGAAAGAGAAAUGGAGAGAAUAAGGAAAGAAAGAGAGAUUGAGGAGGAAAGAUUGAGACAAGAAAGAGAAAAAGUGGAGAGAUUAAAAAAAGAAAGAGAGAUGGAAGAGAAAAGACUACUUCAGGAGCAAAGACUGAGACAGGAGAGAGAAAAACAGGAGAGGCUAAAGAAAGAGAGAGAAAUGGAAGAGAAAAGACAGAUUGAAGAGGAAGAACAAUUGAGACAGGAAAGAGAAAUGGAGAGAAUAAGGAAAGAAAGAGAAAUGGAGGAAAGAAGACUACUUGAGGAGCAAAGAUUGAGACAAGAAAGAGAAAAAGAGGAGAGAUUAAAGAAAGAGAGAGAGAUGGAAGAAAGAAGAGGAAUUGAGGAACAAAGACUGAGACAGGAGAGAGAAAAAGAGAGACAGAAGAAAGAGAAAGAAAUGGAGGAGCAAAGAUUGAGACAACAAAGAGAAAUGGAGAGACUAAGGAAAGAAAGAGAAAUGGAAGAGAAAAGAUUAAGAGAAGAAAGAGAUGAGAAACUAAAGAAAGAGAGAGAAAUGGAAGAAAGAAGGCUAGUUGAAGACGAGAAAAGAUGGAGACAAGAACGAGAAAAGGAGAGAUUGAGAAUGGAGAGAGAGGAUGUAGCUGUCAGUUAUGAUUUAAUAAGUUUUGAUGCUGUUGAGACACAGAGGGAAGUCUCGCCUCAGCUCCCUGAUGUUCUUUAUGAUGAUUUCUCUGUGAAACCACGGCGAUGGGGAACCAGGACCAGAGGAACACCGUCUCCAUCCGGAGAAGCUCCGAGUGGUGAUGCUUUUCAUGACUGGAUGGAAUCCAGAUCCAAUGAUCCUGAAUCCCCCGGACUAAAGAAACAUCAGAACUCACCGGGUGAAGAUCAAGACACCUGUAACCAAGCCCAGACUGAAACUGAAGAUCCGACGGACUCACAAACACACAGAUCUACACCUGAUCACAUCGCAUCACAGCAGGGUGAACUGAAGAACUGUGAUGAUGAUGAUGACGACGAUGAUGAUGAUGAAGAUGAACGUCACACAGAGACGAGAAUCACUCAUGAAUCCAACAACACUGAUGUUGAUGGUGGUGCAGAUAAUAAAGUCAAUCAGCUUUUACAAAGACUGACGUCACAGGAGAAGCAACGAAAACCAUCCAUCGAAUCAGACGCACCCGAACCACUGCUCUUUCCUAAGGCGUCAGCUCCUCUUCUGGACUCGAGUGUCUUUCGGGCGAAAGCUGAUCUGGGGAAGAAACGCAGCAUUAAGCGAUCGAGACCGUCCCGUGCGGUCCGUCAGAGAGCCGCUCUGCCUGCUCUCACAGAGGGAUCAAAUCCAGACUGGAGGUUCUGUGACUCCACGGACGCUGCUAAAGCUCAGAACUCUGAAUCAGAGGAGGAGUCAUCCAAAUAUGCCACGCCCCCUCCAGCCCCCAGCCAACCAAAGAGAGUUCCUGUGUUUCCUGGAAUGGACCAAUCAGCUCUCAUGGCACAGCUGAAGAGGAGAAGUGGACGGAUGGAGACAGACGUUACAGAAGGACGGACUGCGCCCGCGGUGUCUGCUCGUUCUCCUCGCACGCCCACCCUCGGCCCUCGAGUCCUGCCCCCUGUCAACAGCAGAGACACUGGCUCUGGCUCUUCACCUUCAUGGCUCCGUGAGCUCAAAUCUAAGAAGCGUUUGAGUCGUCCUGAGAGUGAUGCAUGAAGCUCAGACGUGAUGCUGAGAGGAUGCGUGAGGGAACAGAUUACACAUGACACACGAUGAACGCAGAGACCUAAUCUCCCGUAUGUCCAUCAGCGAUCAGAUGAGCGCCAACUGAUCUCAGAACAGCUCAAUGCAAUACUGCACUUUACACGAGUCAAACCACUGGUGCCUUUACUUCAUCUGGAGUCUUUAUUUUGAUAGAUAUCUGAAUGUAUGUACAAAAUAAACCACACAGAGUCUGAUCCUAAUCUGGCAUUCUGCAAUCAUCAGUUUUUAAGCACAAAAACGACACACAACAGAAAGAAACCCACGCUGACAGGGACGGAUCUUCAAUCUUCUGAUCUCAUUCUGUUCAGUUCUCAGCAGAAAACACAUGGAUAAAUAUCAUUUGUUUUGUUUAUUUGUUUACUGUCAUUGGAUCCUGUCGAUCAUCAUUUACACAAACAAAUCACAGUUUUGUUUCAUUGUGUGUCAGUUUGCCGUCAGUCACUUGUGAGUGUUUAGAUUUUGUAAAUCACUGCUCUUCAUUCGAGGAGAAGUUGUUUACCGCUGGGAAACGGGACUUUAGUUGUAAAUGAAUUGUGUUCAUGGAUCUUUAUGAAACAUAAUAUCUGUACAGAUGUGUUCAGGCUCCACACAUUUGCUCGUAGAGUUUUUCAGUUCUAUUGAACACUUGAAUAUGAAUGUUUAUUACAGAAAAAAAACUUGUUUACAUCAGAAAUGUUCAGAUAAAUCACACUUUAAUAAAGAAGAAACGGUUCGAAUGAAGUGGAAUUAUAU